GCCGCCGCCCGUCAGCCCGUUUUGGAAUUUUGAGACUUGCCGACUUGGUCACUACUUGGACACUUAGUGACUGGUGAGUGGUGAUUGGGUACUUCGUUAGUAGAAGUUAGGAGUUUAGGACUUGAGAGUUGAGUGUCAGUGAGUUGGAUAAGGACCGUCAUCGUGUUUACUAUUUAGUAUUAUAAUUCCAGAAAAACAUCAAAUUUUUUAAUCAUAUCCAAACGAUUAAUUUUAAUUAAUUCAACUUAGUAAAAUGGAAUAUAACUUAGGUGAUAAUCCAGUUACUUCACAUUCAUGGAAUGCAAAUAGAACUCAGAUAGCAGUAAUUCCAAAUAGUAAUGAAGUGCAAAUAUACAAAUAUGAACCAAAUUUGAGUGACUGGACAUUGUUAGACAAUUUAGAUCAGCAUGGACUUUUAGUAACUGGAAUUGAUUGGGCACCUAACACUAAUCGAAUUGUUACAUGCUCAGCUGACCGUAAUGCAUAUGUAUGGACAAUUGAUGACAAGGGAAAAUGGAAACCAACUCUUGUAUUAUUAAGAAUUAGUAGAGCCGCAACUUGUGUUAAAUGGUCGCCAAACGAGAAAAAAUUUGCCGUUGGUUCAGGUGCUCAAUUAAUAUCUGUGUGCUAUUUUGAAGUUGAAAAUGAUUGGUGGGUGUCAAAACAUAUAAAAAAACCAAUUCGAUCUACAGUAACAGCAUUAGAUUGGCAUCCAAACAAUAUGGUAUUAGCUACUGGUACUGCCGAUUUUCGAGUAAGACUGUUUAAUGUUCAUAUGAAAGAAGUUGAUCAAUGUCAAAAAGUAAAAACCGAAUGGGAUACUGAUGAUACUUCUGUGCCAAAUUUAGUAGCUGAAUUUACCAAUUCAUCUAGAGGAGGUGGAUGGAUACAUGGACUAGCAUUCAAUAAAACUGGUAACCGAUUAUGUUGGGUUGCUCACGAUUCAUCUAUUACUGUUGCUGAUGUAUCUAAAGGAAGCAUAGUUGUAAAUAAAUUAAAAACAAAUGAGUUACCUUUCAUAAGCUGUAUUUGGGUUUCUGAUCGAGCAUUAGUUGCUGCAGGUCAUGGAUGUUGUCCAAUGUUGUAUUGCAUUGACUCCAAUAACAAAGUGCAAUUCGUUUCUAAAAUUGACAGCUCUCAGAAAAAAGAAGCUGCUGGUUUAAGUGCAAUGAAAAAAUUUCAAAGCUUGGAUCGACAAGCACGCAUCAACAGUGACUAUGAACUUGAUACUAAACAUCAAAAUACAUUAACAUGUUUACGUGUUCAUAGCGAGUCAAAUAAUACCGUUACAAAGUUCACUAGUAGUGGUUUGGAUGGGAAAAUAAUAUUAUGGGAACUCAACAGUUUAGAUAAAUUACUCCAAGGUCUAAAAAUUUAACCUCAAUGGAACUACAAUUAUAUGUACAUAAUUCUAUUUGAUUACAAUAAUUACUUAUACUGUUACUAAUUAUUUGUUAUUUUAUUAAAUUAUACUUUUUUACAUUAUUUAUUAUAAUUUUAUUAUUAAAAAUAUUUUGAUAAAUACAUAGUAACAUCAAUAUAUGUUAAAAUAUUUAUUUUGUCUAUAUUGUAUGCCUGUUUAUAUGUGGCUUAUAUAAAUAAGAACAAGAUAAAUAAACAUAACAAUAGAAUUUAUUGCA